AUGGGCCCCAUGUAUAAGAAGCGGAAGGUGGUCACUGCGAAAGUCGAGGAAGUCAAUUUCGAUGACGCCGCCCGCCAGGAAUGGCUCACUGGCUUUCGAAAGAGAAAGCUGCAGCGCAUCAAGCAGGCGCAGGAGGUAGCCGAAAAGAAGUCCAAAGAGGAGAAGAGAAACGAUCGCAAGAGGAUGCGCGAAGAGCGACAAGCCGAGUUUAAUCGAGCGAUGGAAGAGCACAAGUUACAACUAAAGCGCCUCCGGGAGGAAGACGGGAGCGACAACGACCCUGACUCCGAGGAGGAAGGAGGCGAGGAAGGUUGGGAAGGCAUCGAAGAACCCCCCCGCGAAAUGGAUGCGUCCCGAGAAGGCCUGCGCAAGUCUGUGCGAGAAGACAAUUCAGAGGAGGAAAAGGAAAAGGAACCUGCUGUUGAGACGACCGAACCCGAGAAGAAGCCCAAGAAGUCCUGGAAGGACAAGCCGAAGACGAAGAAGAAGAAGUUCCGCUACGAGAGCAAGGGGGAGCGCAAGCUCACGCAAGCCAAGCAACGCUUAAGCAAGUCCAAGAAGGCCGCGGCUCGGAGGGAAAAAUGA